UAAUAAAUUAACAAAUACCUAACUAUUUAUAUUAUUUUUUUCUCAGCUGACGACCUCAUGUACGCAAGUUUUCCUCACUCCGAUUAUCACCGUUUGUAACUUUAAUACCUCUACACGUCUACACGUAUAUCAUAAUAACAUUACACUAAACGCGGUUCCACUUGAGGUCAUCUCUUAUCUCAUACUCUCUUCUUCAGUCUUCAUCCAGUAUUUAUUUAAGAUCUCGUUUUGUGACCGCACCGGCGUCCGGCAGUCGAUCGAACGCCAUUCCUAAACAGAUAUCUUCCGCUAACCAAUCAAGUGGCUAUACCCGUUGACUAAAUUUCACGAGGACGCACACAAACCACGACUUCGACGAUGGCUGAAAGUGAACCAAUCCGUGUAGUGGUAACUGGUGCUGCUGGUCAGAUAGCAUAUUCAUUGAUAUCUAUGAUUGCCAACGGUGAUGUAUUUGGAAAGGAACAAUCAGUAAUCUUACACCUCUUAGAUAUUCCUCCUGCAAUGGGGGUUCUUGAAGGUGUCUGCAUGGAAAUUGAUGACCUUGCUUUACCUCUAGUCAAAGGCUAUGUAAAAACAACUGAUCCAGAAUUAGCAUUUGAAAAUGUUGAUGCUGCUUUUUUGGUGGGUUCAAUGCCGAGAAGGGAAGGAAUGGAAAGAAAAGAUUUGUUAUCUGCUAAUGUAAAGAUAUUUAAAGUACAAGGUGAAGCUUUGAACAAGUGUGCUAAAAAAGAUGUUAAAGUUUUGGUUGUUGGAAAUCCUGCAAACACUAAUGCUUUAAUAUGCUCAUAUUAUGCUCCUUCCAUACCUAAAGAAAACUUCACUGCUAUGACUAGACUUGAUCAAAACCGAGCCCAAUCAGCUAUUGCUAAACGUCUUGGACUAUGUGUAAGCAAUGUCAAGAAUGUUACAAUUUGGGGUAAUCAUUCAUCUACUCAAUUCCCAGAUGUUUUCAAUGCAUCAGUUAAAUCGUCUGGCAGCUCAAAAAGUGUAUAUGAUAGCAUAAAUGAUUCACAAUGGCUUGAAGGUGAAUUUAUUAAGACUAUUCAAACUAGAGGAGCCGCUGUGAUUCAAGCUAGAAAAAUGUCAUCAGCUAUGUCAGCUGCUAAGGCAGCAGUUGAUCACAUGCGUGACUGGUGGUCUGGAACUUCAGAUGGUUGUUGGGUUUCAAUGGGAGUUAUUUCUGAUGGUUCAUAUGGUGUGCCAAAAGGUUUAAUUUAUUCUUUGCCAGUAUCCAUUUCAAAUAAACAAUGGAAAAUUGUCCAGGGUUUGAAAAUAACUGACUUUGCAAAGAACAAAUUGGAUUUGACAGCUAAAGAACUACUCGAAGAAAAAGAAGAGGCUUUUGCUGUUUGUAAUGCUUGACGUGUGUUACCCCCAACCAACUGUAAGCUCUGAAUCUGCUGCUGCUAUAUCCCGGGCACGAUUUUUUUUUACUAGUGAUUAUACACGAGGUUUGGGGGUUAUCCCUAUCUCAAGAUUUUUGUCAUUCAUUAGUCAUACUUACCGUGAUACAUUCAUUCCCAAAAAUGUAUGCAUUCUUUAUAAUUAAUUUAAAUGUUACUACCUCUGAAUGUAUUUAGUAUGUAUCAUAAUAUUUAUAACAAUUAUGGUAAUGGAAUUUUUAUUUUUAUUUUAACAUUAAAGAAAUAUAUGAGGUGCCCGGAUAU